AUUGGAAGAGUAACUGGGUGGGGAACGUGAGCUGGGUAUUAAGGUACAAACUCCAUCUGCAGACUCUCAGCCAAGACGUGGGACAAGCAUGGCUCGGCCACUCGUGUGCGCGCUGGCACUGGCUGCUUUGCUAUUACUAGGUAUCGCCGCUGUCUCCAGAGCCAAGGGCCUGCGGGACCAGGAGCCUCGGCAGGGUUCUCGAAUCCCUUCACAGUUCAGCGCCAAGGAGCGCGUGGGGAUGAAAGAGGCGCUGAAAGGUGCUAUCCAGAUCCCAACAGUAUCCUUCAGCAACACAAAAUCCAACACAAUGGCCCUGGCUGAGUUUGGAGAAUUCAUUCAGAAAGUCUUCCCCACAGUGUUCCAAACCAGCUUCAUCCAGCACGAAGUUGUGGGAACGUACAGCCACCUGUUCUCUGUGCAUGGCUCUGACCCAAACUUGCAGCCCUACCUACUGCUGGCUCACUCUGAUGUGGUACCCGCCUCAGAAGAAGGCUGGGAGGUGCCUCCCUUCUCUGGGUUGGAGCGUGACGGCUUCAUCCACGGCCGAGGCACCCUGGACAACAAGAAUGCCGCGAUGGCCAUCCUGCAGGCCUUGGAGCUCCUGCUGGCCAGAAACUACAUGCCCCAAAGAUCUUUCUUCAUUGCUGUGGGCCAUGAUGAGGAGGUGUCAGGGCUGAACGGAGCUCAGGAGAUGUCAGCGCUGCUCCAGGCCAGGGACAUCCAGCUAGCCUUCAUUGUGGAUGAGGGUGGCUUUAUCUUGGAUGGCUUCAUUCCCAACCUCAAGAAGCCUUUUGCCAUGGUUUCAGUUUCUGAGAAGGGCGCACUUAACCUCAUGCUGCAAGUCAACAUGACUCCAGGCCACUCUUCAGCUCCUCCAGAGGAAACAAGCAUUGGCAUCCUGGCAGCUGCUGUGAGUCGCCUGGAACAGACACCAUUUCCCAACAUGUUUGGAGAUGGGCCAUUGAAAACAACAUUGCAGCUACUGGCAAAGGAGUUUUCUUUCCCUACCAAUAUAAUUUUGAGCAACCUGUGGCUGUUUCGGCCCCUUGUAAGCAGGUUAAUGGAGAGGAAUUAUAUAACCAAUGCGUUGGUCAGGACCACCACAGCACUCACCAUGUUUAGUGCAGGAGUCAAGGUGAAUGUCAUUCCCCCAGUGGCCCAGGCCACCAUCAACUUCCGGAUCCACCCAGACCAGACGGUCAAGGAGGUCCUGGAGUUUGUCAAGAAGGUGGUGGCUGAUGAGCGGGUAAAGAUGCAUGUAUUGAAUUCUUUCGAACCUCUGCCUGUCAGCCCCUCUGAUGAUCAGGCCCUGGGCUACCAGCUACUCCGCCAGACUUUGAAGUCUGUCUUCCCAGAAGUUGACAUUGUUGUCCCAGGUACUUGUAUCGGCAAUACAGAUAGCCGACAUUACACAAACCUCACCUCCAGCAUCUACAGGUUUAACCCAGUCUUCCUGCAGCCUAGAGACUUCCAGAGCAUCCAUGGAAUCAAUGAAAAAAUCUCAGUCCAAGCCUAUGAGAACCAGGUGAAGUUCAUGUUUGAGCUGAUACAGAAUGCCAACGGAGACCUGAGGCAGGUUCCUCACCAGCACGAACUGUGAGGCCGAAGGGCCAGGACUCAACCCAGGAGGAGCAGCAGAGCCCACGAAACUUAUGGCUAAAACCAUGAUAUGUUGCCCACAUGCCUUGCUCACUCAGCAAGAUCCAGGCCAGGAUUGGGGGGAGGUAGCAGUAGAAAUCUGGCUUCUUGUGCUGGUUAUUUAACUGCUUCACUCUCCAACCCUAACUAACAAAUGUAAAUUUGAAUUAUCUCAA